UUAAAACUCAAGUGGCAUUUCCUUCGAGUGCUAGCCACUUCAGCAGGAGGACAAGGAGACGAUUCCGAAACGAUACACAAACAGAGAAAAAAUAUAUAUAGUGUGAAAAACGCGAAAAGUGAGGGGCGACGUCUAUUGUGCUGUUGUCCUGUCAGCAAGGAGCCACAAAAUGGAUUUAUCGAGGCGGUUGUGCUCAACUGCCUUGGUAGCAUUCAUUGUUCUGGCCGGCAUCCAUGAUUCCCAAAGCAGAUUCCCUGGACUAAGACAAAAAAGACAAUAUGGGGCGAAUAUGUACUUGCCGGAGAGCUCCGUGACGCCUGGCGGUGAAGGUGAGGAUCCCGAUGAGUGGACACCCUGGAGCUCGCCCUCCGACUGUUCGAGAACCUGCGGCGGUGGAGUGUCCUACCAGACGAGAGAGUGUCUGCGCAGAGAUGACCGUGGCGAAGCAGUCUGCAGUGGAGGCAGUCGUCGCUACUUCUCCUGCAACACACAAGACUGUCCGGAGGAUGAGCCCGAUUUCCGGGCGCAGCAGUGCUCCCGCUUCGACAGGCAGAACUUCGAUGGCGUCUUCCACGAGUGGGUGCCGUACGUGAAGGCGCCCAAUCCCUGCGAGCUGAACUGCAUGCCCAAGGGCGAGCGCUUCUACUAUCGCCAGCGGGAGACGGUGAUCGACGGAACGCGGUGCAAUGACCAGGGUCUCGACGUCUGCGUCAAUGGGCAGUGCAUGCCCGUGGGCUGUGACAUGAUGCUGGGCAGCGAUGCCAAGGAGGACAAGUGCCGCAAGUGCGGCGGCGAUGGCAGCACCUGCAAGACGAUUCGCAACACCAUCUCGACCAAGGACCUGGCCGCGGGCUACAAUGACCUGCUGCUCCUGCCCGAGGGUGCCACCAACAUUCGCAUCGAGGAGACCCAGCCAUCCAGCAAUUAUCUGGCCUGCCGGAACCACAGUGGACACUACUAUCUGAACGGCGACUGGCGCAUCGAUUUCCCGCGGCCCAUGUUCUUCGCCAACUCGUGGUGGAACUACCAGCGCAAACCCAUGGGCUUUGCGGCCCCCGAUCAGCUGACCUGCAGCGGCCCCAUUUCCGAGAGCCUCUUCAUUGUGAUGCUGGUGCAGGAGAAGAACAUCAGCCUGGACUACGAGUACAGCAUCCCCGAGUCCCUGAGUCACGCGCAACAGGAUACGCACACGUGGACGCACCACCAGUUCAGUGCCUGCAGUGCCUCCUGCGGCGGUGGAACUCAGAGUCGAGUGGUUACGUGCAACAACCGCAUCACCUUGGCGGAGGUCAAUCCCUCGCUCUGCGAUGAGAAAACCAAGCCGGUGGAGGAACAGGCCUGCGGCACGGAACCAUGUGCCCCCCACUGGGUGGAGGGUGAGUGGUCCAAGUGCUCCAAGGGCUGCGGAUCGGAUGGCUUCCAGAACAGGAGCAUUACCUGCGAGAGGAUCUCCUCCUCGGGUGAGCACACGGUCGAAGAAGAUGCCGUUUGCCUCAAGGAGGUGGGCAACAAGCCGGCGACCCAACAGGAGUGCAAUCGCGAUGUCAAGAACUGCCCCAAGUAUCAUCUGGGACCCUGGACGCCGUGUGAUAAGCUCUGCGGUGAGGGAAAGCAGACGCGCAAGGUGACCUGCUACAUCAAGGAGAACGGACGUAAGCGAGUCCUGCCGGAGGAGGAUUGCGUGGAGGAGAAGCCGGAGGCGGAAAAGUCCUGCCUACUGACGCCUUGUGAGGGCGUUGAUUGGAUUAUCUCUCAGUGGAGCGGCUGCAAUGCGUGUGGUCAGAACACCGAGACCCGUACGGCCAUCUGUGGCAACAAGGAGGGUAAGGUCUAUCCGGAGGAGUUCUGCGAACCGGAGGUGCCCACUCUAUCUCGACCAUGCAAGUCGCCCAAGUGCGAGGCCCAGUGGUUCUCCUCGGAGUGGAGCAAGUGUUCAGCUCCCUGUGGAAAGGGUGUCAAGUCUCGCAUUGUCAUCUGCGGCGAGUUUGAUGGCAAGACAGUGAGUCCAGCUAGUGAUGACUCCAAGUGCAACAAGGAUGCGAAACCGGAAUCGGAACAGGAGUGCGAGGGUGAGGAGAAGGAGUGUCCUGGUGAAUGGUUCACUGGUCCUUGGGGACAGUGUAGCAAACCAUGUGGAGGUGGCGAGCGAGUUCGUGAAGUCCUCUGCCUGUCCAAUGGAACCAAGUCCGUAAACUGCGAUGAAUCGAAGGUCGAACCCCUGUCCGAGAAGUGUAAUCCUGAAGCCUGCACCGAGGAUGAGAUACUGCCCUUAACCAGCACCGACAAACCCAUCGAGGAUGACGAGGAGGAUUGUGAUGAAGACGGCAUUGAGUUGGUCGACGACACCUUGCCGCAAGUUGAAAAGAGCGCCGCUGUUAUCGAUUUGGAGGGUAAACCAAGCACGGAAACUACACCUGAAGCCGAAGAACUUAUGCAAAGUGACAGUCCGACGGCCUUCGAUGAGUCCGACUCGACUGGAACCACUGUUGAGGGAUCGGGAGAUGAGUCGGACUCAACUACCGACAGCGGAAUCUCCACGGAGGGAAGUGGUGAUGACGAAGACACUUCUGAGGCUUCCACUGAUUUGUCCAGCUCAACCGAUUCUAGCUCUAGUGACUCCAGUUCCAGCGAUUCGAGCGAUUCCAGCUCCAGUGACUCUAGCGAUGCCACUACCGAAGCCUCAUCAUCUUCGGUCUCUGAUUCCAGCGAUUCCACAGACCAAUCUACAGAUUCUACAGGUGUCUCUGGUGAUUCUACCGAUGUAUCAAGCUCAACGGAAGCAUCCGCCUCGGAAUCAACCGAUGUUUCGGGCUCUUCAGAUGCUUCUGACUCUACUGUUACCGCUGACUCGACAUCCGAAGGUUCUACGGAAGCUUCGGCAUCUACCGAUGAUUCUACCGACUCUUCUGACAAAUCAUCAGACGUUAGUGAAUCUUCCACAGAUGCUUCGUCAUCGUUCGUAUCGGACUCUAGUGAUACCACAACUGAUGGAGUAUCCAGCUCAACGGAAAGUACCUCGGACAGUACUUCUGAUGCCACGUCCGACUCCACAGUCUCUUCAGACUCUACAGACUCCACUUCGGAUGAAACAACGGAAACCACCUCUGAAUCAUCGACAGAUUCCACAGAGUCUUCUACCUUGGACGUUUCGUCAACCACUGACGCUUCCUCGAGCUCUGACGCUUCAUCCACCGAAAGCUCAACCGAUGGUUCCUCUUCCACUUCCAAUUCGGACUCCACUGAUUCUUCCACCGAUGCAACCACUGAUGGUACAACUGAUGUAUCUACUGAUGGAUCUACUGAUGGAUCUACUGAUAGCUCCACUGAUAAAUCUAGUGAUGGAUCUACGGAUAGCUCUACUGAUGACUCGACUGAUGCCUCUACUGAUGGAUCUACGGAUGUCUCUGGAUCAACCGAAAGCACUGAGACUAGCGCCAGCGAGGCAUCGACCACUGAAGGAAGUACCGUCGAAGACGAAAGCUCCACAAGCUCGGCAUCGGACUCCACUGCCACAGACUCCUCCUCUUCCACCGACGUUUCUGGAUCCACGGAACCAACUGAAAGCUCUGCCUCUACGGAUGGUUCUUCAACAGACGUUUCUUCCACCGACGCAUCGUCUACGGACUCCACUGACUCUACCGAAAGCACUGCAAGUGGAGGAACCAGUGAUACCACAGAAAGCGGACCAACUGAGGAGAGUACAACCGAAGGAUCUACCGAAAGCACCUCUGAGGGAUCCACAGACAGCACCGAGUCUACAGAUAUUGACAGCACCACCAGCGAUAUCUGGAGCUCCAGUGACACGACUGACGAUUCCGAGACCAGUACUCCCUACUCCUUUGAGUCCGAGGUUGGCAAGGGCAAGCCACGCAAGUGUAAGCCCAAGAAGAGUACCUGCGCUAAGUCCGAGUACGGUUGCUGUCCGGAUGGCAAGUCCACUCCCAAGGGACCAUUCGAUGAGGGCUGUCCCACCCCCAAGACCUGUGCCGAUACCAAGUUCGGUUGUUGCCUGGAUGGAGUGUCUCCGGCGAAGGGCAAGAACCACAAGGGUUGUCCCAAGUCCCAGUGUGCAGAGACCCUGUUUGGCUGCUGUCCCGAUAAAUUCACCGCUGCCGAGGGAGAAGACGAUGAGGGAUGUCCGGCGACAACCACUGUGCCGCCCACAACCACCACAGAAGAGUCGCAGCCGGAGUCAACCACUGAGAUUGAGAUCGAGGGUUCGGGCGAAGAAGACUCGACGACAUCUGAGCCAGCGGCUGGUCAACCGGAGGCACCCAAGGGCUGCAGGGAGUCGGAGAAUGGUUGCUGUCCCGAUGGUCAGACCGCUGCCAGUGGUCCGAAUGGCGAGGGUUGCUCUGGUUGCACUCGCGAACGCUACGGAUGUUGUCCCGACUCCCAGACCCCGGCUCAUGGUCCCAACAGGGAGGGUUGCUGCCUGGACAGUGAGUUUGGCUGCUGUCCCGACAACAUCCUGGCCGCCCGUGGACCCAACAACGAGGGCUGCGAAUGCCACUACACGCCGUACGGUUGCUGUCCGGACCAGAAGUCGGCGGCAACGGGCUACAACCAGGAGGGAUGCGCCUGCGAGACGACGCAGCAUGGCUGCUGUCCCGAUAAGAUCACCGCUGCCAAGGGACCCAAGUUCGAGGGCUGCCCGUGCGAGACCACCCAGUUCGGCUGCUGUCCCGACGGACUCACCUUCGCCAAGGGACCCCAUCACCACGGAUGCCACUGCACCCAGACGGAGUUCAAGUGCUGCGACGACGAGAAGACCGCCGCCAAGGGUCCCAACGGCGAGGGAUGCACCUGUGUGGAGAGCAAGUUCGGCUGCUGUCCCGAUGGAGUCACCAAGGCGACGGACGAGAAGUUCGGCGGAUGCGAGAAUGUCCAGCAGCCGCCGCAGAAGGCCUGCAGUUUGCCCAAGGAGACGGGCAACUGCACCAACUUCAGUGUCAAGUACUUCUUCGAUGUCUCGUACGGCGGAUGUGCGCGAUUCUGGUACGGUGGCUGCGAGGGCAACGACAAUCGCUUCGACAGCGAGUCCGAGUGCAAGGACACGUGCCAGGACUACAGCGGCAAGCAUGUCUGCCUGCUGCCCAAGACCGCCGGACCCUGUGGGGGCGCCGAAAAGAAGUGGUACUUCGAUGCGGACCGCAAUCGAUGCGAGGAGUUCCAGUACGGCGGUUGCUACGGCACCAAUAACCGAUUCGAUAGCCUGGAACAGUGCCAGGGAACUUGCGCUGCCAGCGAAAAUCUUCCUACCUGCGAACAGCCCGUGGAGAGUGGUCCAUGUGCCGGAAACUUUGAGCGUUGGUACUACGACAACCAGACCGACAUCUGCCGACCCUUCACCUAUGGAGGAUGCAAGGGCAACAGGAACAACUAUCCGACGGAACAUGCCUGCAACUACAACUGCCGCCAGCCUGGCGUGCUUAAAGACCAAUGUGCGCUUCCUAAGCAAACCGGUGAUUGCAGUGAAAAGCUGGCCAAGUGGCACUUCUCCGAGAGCGAGAAGCGCUGCGUGCCCUUCUACUACACGGGUUGUGGUGGCAACAAGAACAACUUCCCCACCCUGGAGUCCUGCGGGGACCACUGCCCCCGUCAAGUUGCCAAGGACAUCUGUGAGAUUCCUGCGGAGGUGGGCGAGUGUGCCAACUAUGUUAGCAGCUGGUACUGGGACACCAAGGAUCUCUCCUGUCGCCAGUUCUACUACGGCGGCUGUGGAGGCAAUGAGAACCGCUUCACCACCGAGGAGUCCUGUUUGGCACGUUGCGAUCGCAAGCCGGAACCGACCACUACCACCCGUAGACCAGCUCCUAGACCAGCUCCCAGCACCCAGGACGUUUGCGAUGAGGAGCAAGCUCCUGGAGAUUGCGACCAAUGGGUACUCAAGUGGCACUUCGAUCGGAAGACUGGUGGAUGCCAUCAAUUCUACUAUGGCGGUUGUGGCGGCAAUGGCAACCGCUUCGAAACGGAGUCCGAUUGUCAGCGGCGUUGCAGCAGUCCUGCUCCUACUCCACCAACAACUCCAGCUCCUCCCAGGCAGCCAGCACCACCAGCUGUGGCCCAGUGUAGUCAGCCAGCUGAUCCAGGUCAGUGCGGCGAGUGGGUGCUCAAUUGGAACUACAACGAGACCAAGGGUGCCUGUCAGUCCUUCUACUACGGCGGCUGUGGUGGCAAUGAUAACCGCUUUGCCACCGAGGAGGAGUGCUCUGCUACCUGCUCUCCCAGCAUAGACACACGCUUUGGCGAACCGGAACCGGAACCCGAGGAGCCUGUGGAUGACACCGCCAAGUGCUUCCUGGCACCCGCGCCGGGUAAUUGCUUAGAGAACGCUACCCGCUGGUUCUACAACAGCCAGGAGGGUCUGUGCGACGAAUUCGCCUACACGGGCUGCGGCGGUAAUGCCAACAACUAUGCCACCGAGGAGGAGUGCCAGAGCGAGUGCAAUGACGCCCAGACCACCUGUGCCCUGCCACCGGUCCGAGGACGGUGCAACGAGCUCUCGCGGCGCUGGUUCUUCGAUGAGCGCACCGGCGGAUGUCACGAGUUCGAGUUCAGCGGCUGCCGUGGUAAUCGCAACAACUUUGUGUCGGAGAGUGCCUGCCUGAGCUUCUGCCGCGGCCAGGGUCCAGUGGAGCCCGAGCCACAACCUCCAGCACCGACCUAUUCCGUUUGCACCCUACCCGCCGAGGCUGGCGAAUGCGACGAGCGCACCACCGCCUGGUUCUACGACAACGACAACAUGGCCUGCACAGCCUUCACCUACACAGGAUGCGGAGGCAAUGGAAACCGCUUCGAAACGCGCGACCAAUGCGAACGGCAGUGCGGCGAGUUCAAGGGAGUGGACGUUUGCCAUGAGCAAGUGACGUCGGGUCCCUGCAGCGAUUGGCAGACCAAGUACUUCUUCAACACGGAGAGUCAGGCCUGCGAGCCCUUCACCUACGGCGGUUGCGAUGGCACCGGCAACCGAUUCAACGAUCUGUACGAGUGUCAGACAGUUUGCAUAGCCGGUCGCGAACCGGCAGUAGGUUCGGCCAAAGAAAUCUGCCUGCUGCCUCUGGCGACGGGCCGUUGCAAUGGGCGUGCGAAUCAAGAGCGUCGUUGGUACUACGAUGAUUCGGUAGGAAACUGCGUGUCCUUCAUUUACCAGGGUUGUGCCGGCAACCAGAACAACUUCCGAUCCUUCGAGGCAUGCAUGAACCAAUGCCGACCGGAAUCGAACGAUGCAGACAACGCUAUUGGACAGAACCCGUGUGAUACCUUCGACUCCGAGUGCCGGGAACUCCGCUGCCCAUAUGGCGUACGUCGUGAGGCUGCCCAAUCCCAGCCAGAGUGCACGCAGUGCGUCUGCGAGAAUCCUUGUGAGGGUUACAGCUGCCCCGAGGGCCAACAGUGCGCCAUCGAUGUGUCCAGCUCCGAUGAUCGCCAGUUUGCACCGGUCUGCCGCUUGAUCAACAAACCAGGCGAGUGCCCAGCUCUGUCGGCCAAUGCCAGUGGCUGUGCCCGGGAAUGCUACUCCGAUGCCGACUGUCUGGGCGAGAACAAGUGCUGCAACGAUGGCUGCGGUCACCUUUGCGUCCAUCCCGCUCGUCCCACUCAGCCACCGCGUACUCAGGCCCCAGUGGUCUCGUAUCCCGGCGAUGUCACCGCUGCCCUGGAACCCAAGGAACCUCAUGAGCUGGAUGUCCAGACUUCCAUCGGUGGUAUUGCCGUGUUGCGUUGCUUCGCCACCGGCAAUCCAGCUCCGAAUAUCACCUGGUCGCUCAAGAACUUGGUGAUCAACACGAACAAGGGUCGCUAUGUCCUGACCUCCAACGGUGAUCUGACCAUCGUCCAGGUGCGUCAAACCGACGAUGGCACAUACGUCUGUGUGGCCAGCAAUGGCCUUGGUGAACCCGUGCGACGAGAGGUAGCCCUCCAGGUUACAGCACCCGUAAGCCUGCCCGCUUAUAUUUACGGGGACAAGAACGUUACCCAGAUCGUCCAAUUGAACCGCCCGGCGGUGAUUCGCUGUCCGGCCGGUGGUCACCCGGAACCGCAUGUCAGCUGGUGGCGCAACGGACAGAUGUUUGGUCUCAAGAAUAACGUGAUGGCGCGAGACUACUCGCUGGUCUUCAACUCGAUCCAGUUGACGGAUCUUGGCCUCUAUACUUGCGAGGUGUACAACCAGCGGCGUCCAGUUUCGCUGCGCGUCACUCUGAAGGCGGUGGGUCCGGUGCGGGCUCAGAGCCACGAGGAGGCCCAGUACUUGCAGUAUAUCCUCAAUCCGGCCACCCGUCCGGUGACCCAGCGACCCGCCUAUCCCUACCGACCCACACGACCGGCCUACGUGCCCGAGCCCAUCGUUAAUGUCAAUGCCGUGCUGGCUCUGGACCCUAAGAACAGCUACGCACCGGGAUCCAAUGUUCUCAUGAGCUGCUCUGUACAGGGCUAUCCAGAACCCAAUGUCACCUGGACCAAGGACGAUAGCCCUCUCUACAACAAUGGACGGGUUACAAUUAGAUCCCAGCCACAUAGUCUGGUACUGAGUGAUGUGACACCCGAGGAUUCGGGCAGGUAUACCUGCAGGGCCAGCAAUGCGUACACCUACGCCACUGGAGAGGCCAAUGUGUCUAUACAAUCUGUUGUACCUGUGUCGCCCGAGUGCGUCGACAAUCCGUACUUUGCCAACUGCAAACUGAUCGUCAAGGGCAAAUACUGCGCCAAUCCGUACUACACCAAGUUCUGCUGCCGAUCCUGCACAUUGGCGGGCCAAGUUCAUCCCAAUGCGGUGUAAUUCCACACAGAGAGCAGAGUAAUUUUGUUUAAUUUUCGGAUUGAAUUGAGCUUAAACGCACCACACAAGAAUAAUUGGAUCGACAUUCGCGGAUUCAAACAUCCCACACCACAUCAUUCAAAAAAGCAGAGAGACCAAAAAGUUAACCGUUGCUUAGCCAUAGCCAGCAAACAAACAAACAUAUAGUAGCCUACCGAUCAAGAACGAACGAACUUCUCUAUUGUAGUAUUCUACUCUACUCUUCCAGAACAAAAGCAAAUAGUAUUAGUGUUUUUAUGUUUGUGUUCCUAUUUAUUCUUGAUAACGAGUAACCUUUAAUUCAAUCGAGGAAAAAAGAGUGGCUAAAACGAAUUUGCUUUUUUACUUUUUAGUUUCUACGACAUUUCUGUGCAACGAGUAAAGCAUUUAAGCCUAAAAACCAAUAAUUGUAAAUAAAUUAAAAGUAUAUAAUAAAGAGUGCAUAUGUAUAAAA